AUGUGGCUGAGAGAAGACGGGAAAACGAAUCGAGAGAAUACAGGCCCUCAGAAGACUGCAUGGGAGAGAAUCAAGGUAGCAUCAGGAGGGACCAAGCUGAGCCUGACGAGUCUCCACGGCCUAUCAGACGACAUGCUCGCCCACGUGUCCACCAUGAGCCAUCUAAAGAGCAUUGACCUGGACUCUAGCUCAGGUUUCAGUGCAGAGGGCAUCAAGCACCUGUACAUGCUUCCACGGCUGGAGACGCUAGAUCUCAAUAACACAAAGCUCGAUGACAGUGCCUUGGAAGGCAUUGGGUCGAUUGUUGGGCUCAAGCACCUCUAUCUCCAUCGCACCAAUGUGACAGACGCAGGUCUACCGCACUUUGCACACUUUUCCUUUCUAAGAAAACUGAGGCUCUCUAAAUGCAAGGGUGUGACAAAUGCUGGCAUGGUGCAUGUGGGGAGGCUGACAGGGAUUGAGAAACUUUGGCUGCGUGGCACGGCAGUCACGGAUGAUGGGCUGCAGCAGCUGACUGCCCUGACCAAGCUGAGAACUCUCCAGCUGCCGAAUGGGAAUAUGGUCAACGAUGAGGAUGUGCACAGGUGGAUAGGCAGGAGGUAG